AAAAACAAGACGGCCGGCCUCAUUCGGCCUUGAAGUCCAGAUUCCGAGUAGGAUCAAGGAAGAAGAGGAGGGGGGGGAGAGAGAGAGAGGGACAGAGAGAUGGAGGUCGGGUUCUUAGGGCUGGGCAUCAUGGGGAAAGCAAUGGCUCUCAACCUCCUUCGAAACGGAUUCCGUGUGACAGUCUGGAACCGGACGCUCUCCAAGUGCAAAGAGCUAGUGGAACAAGGUGCUUAUGUUGGAGAAACUCCAGCUUCUGUGAUCAAUAAGUGCAAGUAUACAAUAGCAAUGCUGUCUGAUCCCAGUGCUGCUCUCUCGGUAGUCUUCGACAAAGAUGGUGUGCUCGAGCAAAUUUGCAGUGGAAAAGGCUACAUUGACAUGUCCACAGUUGAUGCUGAUACUUCAUCCAAGAUAAGUGAGGCAAUUACAGAGAAGGGUGGAUAUUUUCUUGAAGCUCCAGUCUCCGGUAGCAAAAAGCCUGCUGAAGAUGGUCAGUUGGUUAUACUUGCUGCUGGCGAGAAGGCAUUGUAUGAAGAAAUGAUUCCUGCCUUCAAUGUAUUAGGGAAAAAGUCAUUCUUUUUGGGACAGGUUGGAAAUGGAGCGAAAAUGAAGCUUGUAGUCAAUAUGAUCAUGGGCUGUAUGAUGAGUGCAUUAUCUGAGGGACUCUCUUUGGCUGAUAGAAGCGGUCUGAACGAGCAGACACUUUUAGAUGUGUUGGAUCUGGGUGGAAUAGCUAAUCCUAUGUUCAAGCUGAAAGGGCCUGCAAUGAUCCAGAGUAAUUAUCCCCCUGCAUUUCCUCUCAAGCAUCAGCAGAAGGAUAUGAGGUUGGCUCUUGCUCUUGGGGACGAAAAUGCGGUUUCAAUGCCAGUUGCUGCAGCAGCAAAUGAGGCAUUUAAGAAGGCCAGAAGCAUGGGGCUGGGGGAUCUUGAUUUUUCAGCUGUCCAUGAGGUGUAGUGAAGACCGCAAAAGGUUCUGGUGAGGCAUGAGAGCUCCUGUUUGGAUUUGAGAAGCAUAGAAUUGGAAAUAUUUGUUAGUAUUUCCACAAAUCGAAUAUUCUAUCUGGGAUCAUGAAGCUAUCAUAUUAAUAUAUAUUUGGAAGGGUUUUUUUUUUCAUC